CAUAUCCAUAUUCUGAGGGUGUACUUAAACUUGCCUGACCUAAAUUUUAUUUUUGUUGUUGUUAGUGUUGUUGUUCCAUUUAUAAGAUAUCAGUAGAUAGUUCUCAGCCUUGCUCUAUAUGUACACUUUAUUUGCAUACACUGUUAGCAUAUUGCUAUACAUGGUUUAGUGGUGGCCAUGCAGCUCAUAGUUUACAACAUUUGUGAUUGAAUUCUGAUUGCUCAGGAAUAUAAUUAAUGGUGUACAAAAUAGCACUCUUGUAAUUUCACCAUUUUUUGUUUUAUAUAGAAAUAGAAGGAUUUUAAAUUAUGGCAAAAAAAUCUAAAAAAGUAAGUGCCUCAGUAGAAUCGAGACGAAGAAAUCGUUCAACUAAAAUACCCUUAGUAAAAAAAAAUCCAUUUGAAGUUCGUUUAAACCGAUUGAAACAUGGUGUCAUUGGUAAGAAAGUCAAAACAGACAAAGGAUUACCUGGUGUAGCACGAUCCAAAGCUAAUGAAAAGAGAAAGAAAACUUUAUUAAAAGAGUAUAAGCAGCGGUUUAAGACCAAUGUAAUAAUUGAUAAGAGAUUUGGUGAAUUUGAUGACUCUCUCACAGCAGAAGAAAAAAUGUUGAAGCGAUUUACGUUAGAAAAACAGCGCCAUCAUGAAAAGUCUGGUUUGUACAAUAUGGAGGAAGAUGAUGAAGAAUUAACGCAUUUUGGACAGAGCUUGGCAGAUAUUGAAAGUUUCGACGAUGCAGGAUUAAAAUUAACUGAUGACGAAGAUGAAGUGGGAGAUUUGGAUGAUCAUUUUGGUGGAUUUUUGACAAAGAAAAGAUUCCAAGAUGAUAAUGUACCUGAAAGAAAGCUGACGAAACAAGAAAUUAUGGAUCAGGUCGUUGCAAAUUCAAAGAAGAAAAAAUAUGAAAGACAACAAACACAAGAACAUGCAUUUGAGAUUACUCAGCAACUUGACACACAGUGGAAAGAAAUACAAUCAAUGCUAGUUAAAAGAGAUGAUAGAAGAAAUACUAAGCUCUCAAAACCAGAUGAUUAUGAUAAAACAGUCAACGAAUUAAUAUUUGAAGCUAAGGGAAAGGCAACAGAUCGACUAAAAACAGAGGAAGAAAUAGCACAAGAAGAGAAGAAAAGGUUAGAAGAAUUGGAGAAGCAAAGAAGACUACGCAUGUUAGGGAUCACAGAGGACGAGGAAGUGUAUUAUCAAUCUGCUGAUGCUAUCGUCGAAAGUAAAAAAUCAAAAGAAGAUGAUCGUUAUGAAGUGCGUUAUCACGAUGGAAAGAUGGUAAUGCCAGAAGGAAUAAGUGAUUUUGGUGAACUUUUAAGAGGACAAGAAGAAGAAGAUGAAGAUGAAGACGAUGAUUCCGAAGAGGGUUUUGAUGGUGGUCAGUCUGAUCAUGCAAGUGACAGUGGUGAAGAAAAUGAGGAGGAUGAGGAAGAAGAAAGUGAUCAUGAAGACUUGUUUUCAGAUGAAGAAGAUUCAUUAUCUGAUGAAGUAGAGGAAACUAAAAAGUUGAAGAAAAUUGUUGAACAUUCAAAAAAUGAAAAGAAGACGGAUAAAAAAAAGAAAUCAAAAAAGCCAACUAAAGAUGAAUUACCCUUCGUAUUUAAAGCUCCCGAUACAUUAGAAGAAUUUUUAAAGAUGACUAAAGACAGAAAAGAUGAAGAUAUUUUACUGGCUUUAAAUAGAAUAAGAAAAUGUCACCAUGUUAAGCUGGAGAAAGCAAAUAUCGACAAAAUGAAGGUUUUAUUUCUAAUUCUUCUUGAAUAUAUCGAUCAUUUAUGUAAAAGUCAGAAGCCCCCAUUGAAGUUCAUCAACACUUUAGCAGAGUUUAUACAACAGUUGGUGGAAGAUAUACCAGGUCAUGCAAAAAAGAUACUUCAAACAAAAUUAAAAACUGUUCUCAAACAAGUUAUGCUUCGAUUUAAAAUAAAAGGUGACAGUGGGAUGUUUCCAACUUUAAAAGAGCUUGUGUUGUUUAAAGUGAUAGCAGUCAUCUACCCGACAUCAGAUUUGAAUCACGUGGUCACGACACCAUGUUUAUUUUUAAUGAGUAUGAUUCUAAACAAGGGUCACUGCAUGAACAUAAAGGAUGUGAUAUCAGGUUUAUUUCUACUCAACAUUGUGCAUGACUAUGUGAAAUUAUCCAAGAGAUACCUACCAGAAGUGAUAACGUUUCUUGGGAAAUUAUUUUACUUGGCAGCACCUGUCAAAACUCCUUUAACAAAAAUCUCAGCAUCAAUAUUAAAUCUUCGAAAGAACGAAAAAAAUAUUCUCCUUGUGGAACGGACUGUUGCAGAAGAACCGAUCAAUAUUAAUAUAUCAAGUUCUCUUUCACCUUCUUGUGAAAACUUGGAUAGUGAUCUCAUGCGCAUUUCAUGUCUGAAGAAUUCCCUUUUGCUAGCAAAGAAAUUCUGCAGUUUAUACGAAUACUUGGACACAUUUCAUGAAAUCUUCGAACCAUGUGCUUGUCUGUUGCAAAGACUGCCGUUGAAAAAAUAUCCAAAAACGUUACAGGACUUGCAUGCUGAUGUAUUAUCCAUAAUGAAAUCAAAAUCGUCGUGCGAGAAAAUUUCAUUGACGUUGCAAUCACGAAAGCCUGUUCCGUUACCAUUGUUGGAUCCUCAAUUUGACGAAAAUUACGAGAUGAGGUCAAAACGUCGUGCGAGUGAUAAAACACAGAACGAACGUGAAAAACUGCAAUACAAACUGAAAAAAGAAACCAAGGGUGCGAUGAGAGAGAUUCGCAAAGAUGCUCACUUCCUAGCUAAAGAACAACUCAAAGAAACUCUUGAAAGGGAUGCUGGUCGACGUCAAAAAGUUAAAGCUCUACAGCGUGCGUUAGAGAAUGAACGUCGAGAAAUACGUGAAAUGGAGAAGGGGAAAUAAACAGCCUGGGUACCUCAUGCUAAUAAAAAGAAUAGUUUUUUAAGGCAAA